GCCUCUUCCUCUGGGCUGUGCGGGUCAUUAUGUUACAUGUAAAGUCCCACGCGUGCGGCCGGGUGGACAUCCGCGGUGUUCUGACCGCUGGUUAUUUAAAAGACGGGAGAGACGAGGUCUGACUGCAGCGGGUGCUGUUGUUGGUCGGAGAGCCCGCUGACUGAACUUGUGAGAAGAGGAGGAGAGAGGGAGCUGUGCGCUCUCUUCCCGGCAGAGUGCGUCCCGCUCCGCACACACACAUAUACACAUCCACACACGCACACACACACAUACACACACAUCGGGGUCACUCUACUUUCAGGCAGCGGACUGGUUUCCACUCCCGCACCUCCUGAAUAUCGCACAUGAACAGUCUGAAGGACGUCAGCAGACAUUUCCUACCUGUGCGCCUUCAGUGUGCGUCACAGAAACUCUGCUGUUUCUUCGUGUUAAUUGUUUCCUCCGCGGUUUCCCACCCGGUGAUUUUGGAUUACGGAGAAUAACAAGCGGCGUGGAGGAGCGCGUAACUCUCCGCAAAUCAUGGAUUUAUGGAUAAAGUUGAUGUUGUUGUGCAGCUGCUGCUUUGGAGCAAGUGCAGACUUUGAUGGCAGGUGGCCGCGGCAGAUGGCCUCAUCCAACGGCCUGUGUCGAUACGGGGCCAGAGUGGACUGCUGCUGGGGAUGGACACGCCGUUCCUGGGGUCACUGCCAGCCUCUCUUCGCCUUAACUCACAGAGUAGCCGGGAUAAGAUGCCAGCCCCAAGCUGUGUGCCAGCCUGGCUGUAAGCACGGAGACUGCGUGGGACCCAAUAAAUGCAAGUGCCACCCUGGUUUCACCGGCAAGACCUGCAAUCAAGAAGAGGAGCUGGACUAUUUAACUCCACCUGUGUGGUUCAGUCACCCUCCUAUCUUUCUUCCCGUGGACCAUCAGCCAGCGAGAGUAGUGAUGGAGGACCUGAAUGAGUGCGGGCUCAAGCCGAGGCCUUGUAAACACAGGUGCAUGAACACAUAUGGGAGUUACAAGUGCUACUGCCUCAACGGCUACAUGCUGAUGCCUGAUGGGACCUGUGGAAACGCUCGCACUUGUGGCAUGGCCAACUGCCAGUACGGCUGCGAGGUGCUGAAAGGAGAGGUCCGAUGUCAGUGUCCAUCGCCGGGGCUACAGCUGGCUCCGGAUGGAAGAACCUGUGUGGAUGUGGAUGAGUGUGCAGCAGGGAUCGCGGUGUGUCCCAGGUUCAGGAAAUGCAUAAACACCUUUGGUAGCUACAUCUGCAAGUGCCACGAAGGCUUUGACCUGCAAUACAUCAACGGGAAAUACCAAUGCAUAGAUGUGGAUGAGUGCUCUUUAGGUCAGAGCCACUGCAGCAGCUUCGCCACUUGCUACAACACGCCAGGCUCGUACAAGUGCAAAUGCAAAGACGGCUACAGGGGGAUGGGCCACGACUGCAAACCCAUUCCUAAGGUUGCUAUUGACCCCCCGAGACCAGGCAAACUGCCUCCAAAUCAUCACAACCGCAUCCCUGACAUUGAUCAGAGGAGGACCACCACCACCAUCCACCCACCAGUGACUCAAAGGAGGAUCUUCCCCAUUAUCCCCAAAUCGACAGCCGCGACUAUGACAACCACGACAACGACCAAAGCACCUCCGAAGAGGGUCACCCCACCUCCACGCAAGCCGGCAGUUCCCACCAGGAGGCCCUUUAUCCCAACCAGGAAACCACCAGCACCCACGCGCAAGCCCUACAUCCCACCAAAGCCAGCGGCUCCAACCAGACGCCCCACGCCAGCACCAGGCGCACCAGUCACACCAGUAGACAACACCAUCCAGAAGGAGGUCACCAAACAGAGAGGGGAUGUCCACAUCCCUCGGAACCACGGCCAUAACACUGUCCUUGGCAUCGACUUUGACAUUGAGCUCGGCAACACGGCAGACGAAGCCAAGGACGACCCAGAGUCGGGCUAUCUGAGCUGCUCCUUUGAUGACGGUCUUUGUGGUUGGAUCAGGGACAAAGACGGAGACCUGCACUGGGAGACGACGCCUGAUCCAUCAGGUGGACGAUACCUCACCAUUCCUGAGGUAGGCAACAAGAGGACAGGGCGAGGGGCACGGCUGGUCCUUCCACUCACCCCUCCCUGGAACGACGGCAAUCUGUGCCUGUCAUUCCGGCACAAGCUGGCAGGUCACCACGUGGGCAUGCUGCAAGUGUUUGUGAAGAAAGGAAAGCAGUACAGUCCAGCAGUGUGGGGCCGGACAGGCGGAAAUGGCUGGAGGCACACCCAAAUCACAUUAUGGGGCACAGGCCUGGAAAGUGUGAUCCUGAAGGGGGAGCGUGGGCGAGGCCGGAGCGGCGAGAUGGCUGUGGACGACAUCACCCUGAGGAAAGGCUCCUGCACGGAGGAGCACAAUCUGAGGAGACUCUGACUGACAGAACAGAGAGAGGCAGAAAGAAAACAAGAGGGAAAAUCAUCUCAAAGAGAACUGACUCUGUUGUGACAUCCCCUCACUCUGCCCGGGCUCUCGCUUAUCCCCCCCCCCCCCCCCCCCCCUUCCCUUCCUCAUCCCCAUCCCCCUGCACCGCCACCCCUCCCAGCCAUUCUGUGAACGAUAUCCGAAAAUUUGUGCGUCUCCAGAACAGUGGGUUUCUCUCUCUCUCUCUCUCUCUCCCCUUCAUCUGUCCAUGAAUAAAAAGACUGAAUCGAAAUGUCAUGGGCGGAUCCCAGCAGCACACCCCGCGUCUUCUCAGCCUCCCUCUCACUCCAUCACCUUGUUACUAUGAAACCUGCAUGUAUCUACUUACCAUGGAAAUGUCCUUCACCCUAACACAGCCCUGGCACCCUUCCAGCCACAACGCUAAGAGGCCCACGUUCACUUCAUUUCUUCCUGGAGAGAGUAUGCUUUUGCCUUGCUUUGAUCUUUUAACCACAAGCCAUUGCUUUUUAUUUGCUUGAUGUUAAAACACAUGGCCAGGGGUGCAUUUUAUGACUGUUUCAAUCAGCAAAACAUCAGACAUGGUAUACAUUUCUUUGAGGGUUAGAGGUAUAAAAAAAAAAUGUAUGUAAAAGACAAAUUGUAUUUGUCAUCAUUUCUAAUCCAGAACUCCAAAUGUGAUAUAAACCCAAAGUAUAAAAUCAACCACAGAGUCAGUUUAGCUCUGCUUUUGUUGGUCUAAUCUGAGUUUUUUGUAUUGCAACUGCUCUAUAGCACAGUGUGGACUGAAACGACGCAGCUUUCUUUUGUUGUCACAGUAUUUCAGAUCUGUUCGGUAGGAGAGGUUUAAAAAUUUAGCCUCUUCCCUACCCUGAUCUUUUAUUGAAGCCUCCUAAAGUUGUUCAUACUCUCUGUGGUCAUUGUUUUUCAGAUACUUGAAAUGUGUCAAACAGAAUCAGUGUAUGAUUUCUGACACUUGCAAAUCAACACUUACUUUCUAUUAUACAGUACGUGCUUUCUUAUUAUAAGUGCAGUUUGUUAUAAAAGACGAUACCGACAACUUUUUAGGCUUUCACAAAAUGUAUUAUUGUAAAUGUAGUCGUGUGUACAUACUCUAAAAGUUCAGUCCCAUAUGUUGUGUGGUUUAUACGUUAUGUAAAUUCAUACAUGGAUAUUAAUUGGAUUUCAAAAUCGUUGGUAUUUCAGUUUUUGAUUAAAGGACAUGUAUACAGCUGGAACCCUUGUGUAGUGCAAGGCUGUGUUUAACGUGCACACGAUGUGUAUGUCCAUGUGUUAUGGUAUAAUGCUCUGUCUGUAACUUGCAAAGCACAUAGUUGCGUAUCGUAUGCUGUGAUAAUGAAGGGCAUCGGCUGGAAUUUUAAGGUUUUCUGUAUGCAUGGGUGCAUUCACCGAAUUCAGAUUUAUCCAGACCAGUAUGUAAAUAAAAUACAUUUGACUGA